CUGCCACCACUCUGUAGCAGUGAGUGGCUGCAACAAAAAGCACAGAAUAACAUCUCCGACUCCCCGCUCGCCUUUUUCUCUCUCUCUCCCUGUGCGUCUCAGCAAGCAGAUGAGGGCUCUGCUCACAGCUCUGCGGAGGCUAUGCUGGGACUUAGCCGGCGUCGGGAGCACAAUCUUUGGAUGCCAUCAACAAGUUAGGGUUGGAGGGCUGCGGCCAUGAAAGAAAAAACACUCGCUCUUUAAGUAAGCGGCUGAGCUGACAUCUUUGCGGUGGAAAGAAAGGGGUAAAAAAAAAAAAAAAGAAGGGGGGGAACGGACGAGGAGGAGGAGGAAAACCUUCAUCGGAAUCACAGUGACUGCAACUGAUCAAGUUGAAAAAUAUAUAAAAAUACUUCAAGGAUUUUUUGUUGGAUAGAGAAGCCUAUUCAACACUCUUCGGGAUUGUAUGGGACGGAGAAUAAAAACAGGAAUAAACAUCUUGGGACAUGGAAUUUUAUAUUUGGUUUCAUUUGCGUGGGCUCACAACCGCUUCGUUUGGGCUUCUUCAAGGGGGCUCUUUCCCUUUGGAUUUUUUUCCCAUGUGGUUGCUCAAAAAGUCUGCGGCGAAGGACAGUUGAAUGCAGCUUCCGAUGUGCACAAAAGAAUGGGUUUUCAUUCAAGGUGGCCAUUGGUGGGAUCUGCACCAGCGGCUCUUUGUCUGUAUUUGAUCAGCAUGCUCCUUGUGUGCCUGCUGCCUUCUGCAUCAUGCACAACCUGCCCUCAAAAAUGCCGCUGUGAGGACCUGCAGUUCUACUGCGACACCCAGGGACUUCAGGCACCCCCAGAUGGCGUGGACAAAGGAGCCCUGGGGCUUUCGCUACGGCACAACAGCAUCAAUGAGCUUAGUCCUGAUCAAUUCUAUGGAUUCAGUCAGCUCACCUGGUUACAUCUCGACCACAACCAGAUAACCACGGUUCAAGAAGAUGCCUUUCAAGGGCUCUACAAGCUGAAGGACCUCAAUCUGAGCUCCAAUCGUAUCACCAAGUUGCCCAAUACAACCUUCAUCCACCUCAUCAAUCUCCAGAUUUUGGACCUGUCCUUCAAUCAGAUGACCGCUUUGGAACCGGAACUGUUUCAUGGAUUAAGAAAGCUCCAAAUACUCCACCUCCGCUCCAAUUUACUUCGCACCACACCUGUUCGGGCAUUCUGGGACUGCCGCAGCCUGGAAUAUCUUGGCCUGAGCAGCAACCGUCUACGGAGUCUAGCUCGAAAUGGUUUUGCCGGGCUCAUUAAACUCAAAGAGCUCCACUUGGAGCACAAUCAGUUGACAAAGAUCAACUUGGCCCAUUUCCCGCGCCUCGUUGGGCUCCAAUUUCUGUACCUGCAGUGGAAUAAGAUCAACAACAUCACUUGUGGCAUGGAGUGGACCUGGACGACUUUAGAGAAGCUGGACCUUACAGGAAAUGAGAUUCGCGUCCUGACACCAGACAUAUUUCAAACUCUGCCAAAUAUAAAGAUUUUGCUGAUGGAUAACAACAAAUUAAGCAGUCUAGAUGCCCAGGUGAUGGAUAUGUGGCAGUCUCUAAGUACUAUUGGGCUGUCUAGCAACCUCUGGGAAUGUACCAAAAGGAUUUGUCCUCUGGCCACUUGGCUAAGCACCUUCAGGGGAAGGUGGGAACAUUCCAUUCUCUGCCAUAGUCCCGAAUACGCCCAAGGUGAGGAGAUACUCGACGCUGUGUACGGAUUCCAACUUUGUCAGAAUUUCUCAGCGCCGGUUGUGCAGACCGCGAGUACAACCACAGACGCGACUACGGCUGCAGAGAUGACGAGCUCCUUGUUUGGAAUUAUGCAGCCAAUCCCGACGCAGGACUAUGCAGAGGAUUUUGGGAGCUUUACCACAGUCACAGUCACAACCACAAGCACCACAACACAAACACCUGUCAUUUUUCAAGCAACCACCACUGCGAUGGAAGAGGCGGCUGUAACGGAUGACUUCUCCAUUAUGGACAACACUGUUAUGACUCAUAGGGUUAUCAUGGGGACUAUGGCUCUUCUGUUUUCAUUCUUUUUCAUCAUUUUUGUUGUAUAUAUCUCACGGAAGUGCUGCCCUCCUACCCUGCGCCGGAUACGCCACUGUACCGCUAUUCAGAAUCGCCGACAGAUGAGGACCCAGCAGCGGCAGCCUAUGGCUGAUCUAGCCACACAGGUGCCCUAUAAUGAGUACGAGCCCAGCCACGAGGAAGGAGCGCUUGUGAUCAUUAAUGGCUACGGGCAGUGCAAGUGUCAGCAACUGCCUUAUAAAGAGUGUGAAGUAUGAACUGGUAUUUAUUUCAAGGGCAUAUGGUUUGCCAUUUGACCAUAUGAUGAUACAGGGUUUGCUUUUUGGAUUAAUUUUCCAGUUAAAUGUAAAGAAAUUUCUACUUUCUGGGAUUUGUGAAAACAUGACAAAUUCUUAUUACGCCAAUGACAGAGGGGGGACGUGGCAGUUAUCUGGGGGGUGGGUGGUUGUAGAGAUAGAUCAUAAAUUUAUUUUUCUAUGAAUGGAAGUUUGUUCGUACAAGGCAGGGGCAAUCAUUUUAAAACGACAAAAAAAAAAUAUAUUAACUGUGAGAUCCGUUUCCACAAUGUCUCGAAAUUCCUCAGCACAGAGCAAAUAUUUAGCCGAAUGACACUAAGCUACGUGGAGAAACUUUGUCUUUCUUUUUUGAAGAUAUUACAAAAUCAAGUUUUUACCCACACCGUGGAAACUGCAAGCAAGCCAACAUACAUUUGGAACUACAAAUUGACUACAAUGGAAUGUCUAGAGAUGUCAAGUUAAACAGCUGUAUUCACUUCAAAAGAAAAAAGACAUACAUUAUUUUUGUCAGAUUAUUAUUUUUUUUCUGGGGGAAUCUAUUCAUCUUAGAUGUACGAUCCAAGCCCGUUUGUAAAGGUUUCCGUUUGUUGUCACACUGAUGUCCAACUCAAAUUACAGCUGACAAGUCGCUAUUUUAGCAUUCUCAAUGAAAACCAAUGACUGGGACAGUUUCCAUUCUUGCUGUUGUCCAGGUGGAUCGUGACGGUAAUAACUAGGAAAGGCUAUAUUCAUAAAAUUCUGUCUGUUGGUAUCUUUUCCCAUGCUUGAACAAUGCUUGCAACCAGCAACUCAUAGUGAUUUGUACAGGUAAAUAAUUUAGCAUUACAGGUUCUAAAAUUCUACUUAAAAUAGGGGAAAAAGGGAAGGGAUCUGAAAAAAAUUCUGUCCUUUAUGGGGGGGACAUGACAGAAAAUAAUUGAGAACCACCGGGCUAAUGUGUAGUGUAAAUGCCAGAUUGGGGACCAAUUCAUUCUAGAAGAAAAAAAAACGUUCCCAGUACCCCAGGCUCUUUACUCCUAACACACUAAUCAGGACUGACAGCCCCAAGAUUGGACCAAUUAAGGCAAGGCAAAAGAAUCAAAUAUUCUGUCACCCACACCAGUGAUCUGGCAACAAUUUGCUUGUCCGGACACUCAAAUAUAGUGUUAUUAUAGUCACUCUCUAUAUCACACAAAAGCAUUAAAAGAAUAUUAUAGGAUGGGCUGGAACAUUUUCCAGGCUUACAAAUAACGCAUAAUAUGACAGUUAUGAGUUGUGUCAACCUAAAGUCCGGUCAAUGCCGUGAAAACAAAUUGAGAUCAAGUGAUAAGCAAACAGCAAGCCUGGGUCAGGACACAUUUGUAUGCAGGAGGGAGAGGAUGUGCAUUAGCAUCAGACUAAAGCUGCUGCUGCUGCAGCUCCGCACUUCUUUGUGCUCAGUUUGGGGGCGGAGGGUUGGGGGGGGGGGGGGCAGGGUUGAAGGAGAGCAAGAUCGAGAGGAAGUGAAGCAGAACAGGAAAGAAGCAACUCAAGGUAAUAUAUGAUAUUAGGUUAUGACUAAUGUGCAUUGAAAGUUCUGGUUAUUGAAAUUAAUUUGAAGAAUAAAUACUGAGUGACAACAUUCUGCCAUAACACUUGUAAACUAAUGUUGAAACUUUUGGCAAAUUCCGAGAAUGCAUCUCAGUUUAUAUCAGGCUUUGUGGCUUUGUGCCCGUCAAAUUUUGGUUUGGUCCUUCCAAAUAAAUGUUUGUGUCAAUGUGUCAGCAUAUGGUCAUGAUAUGCCUACAAACGUUUUGUGUUUUUUUUCCCCAAUACACCAAGAAUGGUUUCAUUUAUUUGAAUUAAAAGGAGAAAACAAUGCACUGCACAUACACUGAUUUCCAAAAAGUUAAACUGGUCUGCUGUGUCUCUACUUUGGUUUACCUUCAGCUUCGCAAUGCUUACUACAGCGGCCCUUUUAACCUGUCUUGCAUGUUUAAAAGUCAAAAUUUAGUUACCAGUUUUGUCACCCGGGAGACAGAAAGACAUUUCUGAUAGAGCAAAAGUUCGGAUCACGUGGAAUUCCAAUCAAUUUUCAGCUAUUAUUUGACAUUUCACUGUUAAAACUAUGGUUGUAACAAGUGACUGAAAAGCCACAACAUUUGUAGAAAUAUGCAUCCCUUUGCACUUUGGCUCUUUGUAAAAUGUUUCUGUUUCCUCUUGUCACCCUCUAGCUCUGGUCCCUAUCUUGCCUAAAAAAAUAAAAAAAAUAAAAAGGAAAAACAAGCAAACAGGUCCCCUUCCUCUCGCACCUAACAUUUUUGUGCAAAAUGAAUGCUUUGCAUUUUUGUAUUGUACAUGUACAAUUUCAUAUCUGUAUAGUGGAUAAGAUGUGCCAACAUGAUCAAAAAUAUCCCCAAAAACAGUAUAUUUUUAAAUAAAAUGGUUAAAAUUACACUGUACUUGAGUUCUCAAAAUGUGCUUUAGUUCACUUCAUCACACUUGGACUCCAAUUAACAGAUUUGUAAAUUAGAUCUCCCUUCAUUAACAACAUUACUGGCACAUAUCUUUUGAAAAUGCUUUUUAAAGCAUUUCUCCUUAUCAAUUUCAUACAGUUGACAGCAGCAAAGGACAAAAAAAUACUAACAUCCUAUCCAGUGUACAUUAACGCAAGAUGAUCACUGCCAAUAUAUGAAAAAAAUUAUUUGUAUUACAAAGAGAAAUUUGACAUUUACACUGAACUGUCGUUUUUAUUCACAUUAAACUGGGGCACUGGCUCAUUUGGCUGACACACAAAAGAUUUUUUUUACACAAGAAUACCGACAGCCACUAAUUUAUUUAUCCUAUAUUACCACAUAUUCAAUUCAACCCAAGAGAUGGGACAAAAACACAUCAGACUGUUAAUAAAACCAGACUAGAAUAUUCCAAAUGUCUUUUAUAAAAGGGUGUACUAAAUCACUCCUAAUGAAAUACGGAUGUGCCAUAUGGAUUAGUACAGAAACAAUAUGAAAUCACACUGAGAAUGUCUCUGUUCUACAUCAGGGCUCAAGUCUGUAACACUGUGGACUCUUUGGGCAAAUAACAGCCUGGAAUAUUUGUCAAUGUGACUACAUAUGUGAAAUAUCAUACAAUAUAUAUGUGUCAUAACAGGCUAUGUCCAUAACGGAAUGUGGGGACCCCCGAAAAUGAUCUGAUGGGAAACAUGGUGCAACGGUGCACAUGGUCCAGGUCCCCAGGGAAUGAUCUGUAACAAUUUGAUGUGAUUACAUAAGGCAUUAGAUAGGGAGGGUGCUGCUGCCAGCGAUAGUGGUUGAUCCAAGUGCCAGUAGGAAUGCCUUGCUACUCUCCACUGUACAGUUUCCCCUGUGGAGCACAGAGAAGCUACGGCUAAGCGGUGCUUACCAGUCAGCUUUGGAAGGCAUGGCAGACAAACCCAGUCUGAAGUACAACUCCAUUUAGUGUUUUUUACCUUGGCAUUUGGUUUACUGACUGCUGAAACGGUUCAUAUUGGGACUUGACUUAAAUAUGUAUGUAUAGGAUAUGGAUGUAUGUAUCGCCUUCCUCCUGACAGUAUGAUUUAUAAUUAACCCUGUCAAAAAAACAGUAUAUUAACUUGAAAAUGAGCCUUUAAUUGGUCUCCUGAUCUUAAAUAACUUUUGCAGAGUAUUCCAAUUUCUCGAGAUGCACCUGAAUAUGUGAAAUCACCAAAUGUUCCGGUGUUAUACUGACAUUUAUUAGUCCUAAUAAAAAGGCAUGUCUAAUCUUAUACUGCUAAACGAGUACCCCAACAAGCCAAUACAAUCAAUACUAAUUAGUUUUCUACUGUUUGAUAAAGCUGUUAAUUGACUAGCGCUGCCACCAGACUAAUUUUUCCAAAUAUUUACUUAUCUAAAUGACAUAUUGGGGAAUUGUUGUCCCAUUUGCCUUUAUUAAUAACAGAAGCUACUGGGUAUUUUGCUGUAUUUAUAUAUUUAAGACAAUAUUACAGGUACAUAACAGAACUGUUAUGUUAUGUUAAAGUAUUUGAAUCACCUAAUUCACAAAUUUUAUGUUGAAAUAGAAGUGUUGAGGCAUACCAUUUUGACGCUUUGGUGGCUGGAGGUUUAUUUUUCCACAAACUAAAUUAAGAGAGAUUCUUGUAUAAACAUUCUACAUUGGCAAAUUUAAAAUGAAAAGAGUCUGCAGGGUUUUGACACUGAAUGACUUAAAGAUACACACACAUAUACUGCAGAAAACUGCAGAAAGAACUGCUUGAGAAUAACAGACAGUAAAAGCCUCGGACAAAGAAAAAGGGUCAAACCGCAAAUAUCAGACUUGUCCAUUAAAAGUUGAGGGCAAAUGUAAUGUCAGCAGCUUAAUAUGUCAAAUCAACCGAGCAUCACUCCAUUUAGCAAAACCGCAACACACACACACACACACACACAGAGCGAAAGAUGCAUUAUUAAUAAAUAAAAAAAGUGGCAGAAACACUUAUACUCAACAUAUGUCAUGCCAAACUGUCAUGACAAUAUGUAACAAAUGAGGUCAUACCAUGUGGCACUGCCAGGGCAACAUUGCCACCUCUCACCACUCGUGGCUGAGUUAGUCACUUUACAUAACCAUCAUUAGGAAUGUACACAAUUCCAUGGAAGCUCACAUGCAAAAUGUAUGCCAUCUUAAAGCAAUUCACGAGCUUUAAUAUUCUGUCGUGAAGAUGGGAAAUGUGUUGUUUUACCAUAAUUCCCAUGCAUUUGCUUUUUGAGGAGGUAAAUAAGAUAUUUUAACAUUUUGUCCCUGUGGUAUAUUACAACAGCAGAUUGGUAGUACAGAUGGCAAUGCGAUUAUGAGAAACGAUGAAAGACAAUGCUCUGGCUGCAACACACAUGCAUUCUGUUACAAAUCACAAUCGGCUUUAUUCACUAUGUUAUGUUACCAUACUAGGAAUUGACUCCUGUCAACAUCACUCUCUCUGUUACACAAAAAAUAUAUUUAUAUUAUAAUAAUAAUAAUAAUAAGGGGAGUUUUACCCAUCAUUGAAAAUCCUUAUGUGUAACGUCAACACAUUUCUUUGGAUUGUAAACAAUGUGCAAAAUUCCAAAAAAGUGCAGUUCCCCUUUAAGCCCAUAUAGUUUCGUGACAACUGUGUAUUUCGCCUUUUCAGGAGCCACAAACCCGGUUGUAAAGCCUAUGUCAUAAAAACACACCCUUUACACAGCAAUCGCUGUAGAUAUCCAUUUUAUACUUUGGAACAGAUAUGUCCAUAAUGCCUUUGUGUGUACAUUAAUUGCAAAAGGUGGAAAUUGGGCUGCUCAUGUCACGCACUUAUGUAGCAAGGUGAACGGACGCACACCUGACUGGAAACGGCUCAAAAUGAUACACUUCACAAGAUUAUAUAUGCUUUAAAAAAAAAGUGACCAUCUGCCCCUCAAUUUCUUGCACGACAUCAAGUAACUGAACUCUACAUUUACAUGCCCUAUGGUUCAGAGGGGAGGAACUUGACUUGCCCACACAUUGCCUUGAAUCCAACCCAUCAAUCAUCUCUGGGAUGCACUAGAAUGGAAAUUGUGAUCUCACAAAAAAAGACGAAAAUGAAAACAAAAUCAUGUACAAUGUAUUCCCCAGAGCAGUUUGACAGCUGCCGAUGCUGCAAAGGAAGAGUAGAAGGCAUUUGGACAAUUUUUUCCUGCUAUUUUGACUUUCCGUCAGUGUAACAUGUUCACCCUUAGAGUAUUUCCUUCAGAUGGUUACACCAAACUAAUCAAAAGAUCCAUCCAGCCAUUCUGCCAUGAAGCUUCAUAACGAAAUACCAAACCGAACCAAAACAUAUGGACUCAUAUAUGGCUUGUUAUUUUCCUGUGAAUUCCAUGUGAACACACUUUACAAAAAGACAGAACAAAGCCCAAAGGGGGUGUUUACACUUGCAUGCAUUUUGUGGCAAUGUGUGCCUUUUUAUGGCACGCCUAAAUAGCGUGAAGACUAGUUUGUGCACCGUUUGUGCUCUGCUUACACAUAAAUUACGCACUUGGCACGCCAUUUGUGACUCCCGCUUGGCUUAUUUACACUCUUUACAUCUAGUGCAUGGCAACAGGAGGUGCAACACCAAUUGUUCCAGCAUGGGUAUAUGCAUUGUCACUUCCCGCAUCCGUGAAGCAGUCGUGGCGUUAUUUGGUACAGCUGUGUCCCACCUGACACCACGCAACAGCAGGCAUCAUCCCUAAAGAGAAAAAGGGGGGGGGGGAUAAAAAAUAAAAACACACUCACAUUGCCCAUGUACUCGGACAGCAGAUCCUGAAGAGCCUGGCGCACUGAAUUGCAUUCGGCCACGAUUCGCUCCCUGCGGUCAUCUCGUGUGCACGAGGAGUCGGCCAUGAGGGCAGCACCGCUGAUGAUGCUUUCAAGACGUUCCUCCAGGGACGGACGAAAGCGCUCCUCACUGAACGCCAGCGGGUCCACAAUGAUUUGUUUCUGUCGAUGAAGAUCAAGAGUUAUACAAAAAAGUUGUGGAGGCAAAAAAAUGAAUAAAAUACACAAAUAUCUAACAAUUCACUUGUUACAAUUGUAGUUUAUUAUUAGGCACAGAGCCAAAUCAAGCCCCCUACACUCCAUCUAAUCUGUCCUCCUCUGGUUUAGUGUGACAUCGCCAUGGCAACAAGCAUGAGAGACACAAACGAGAGGCGAAAAAGAGACAGAUAUAAAUGUGGGUGCAGUGGCGUAGAUGGGAGGGCAUCUACUAAUUCUGCCUCACACUUCCAUUUCACCAAUUUUUGGCCAUGACUUAUACAUGCCAUCAAACGGAAUUUUACAGUCCAUCCCUGAAUACACAAACGCGAUAACCAAACAUCAAUUGUGAAUAAAAAUACAUUGUAUUAUUGUUUGUAAUGCACUGCUUAAAAGGUUAAACAGGUGUAGAAGUGGCAAGAGAUCUAUUCCGAUUAUGUCAAACCUAAAAUAAGAGAAUUGUAGUUGCUUUGGUAAAUGCUUUCCAAUAAACAAACUCUAUGCCAGGGGUGGGCAAACUUUUUGACAUGUGGGCCGCGUUGAGUUUACAAAACUGUCCGGGGGGGCCGGAAAAUAUAUUUAACACACACAAUAUUUUACGUUUAUAAUUCUAUUCUAACAUUCUGCAUUGAAUUAGUUGUCUAAUUUAUUUGUAAAAGUGUCAUACUAUCAGCUGUAUGUUCUUGUGUCCCUUUUUUCAGGAGCACUUUAAACAUCAGACCACAUUACAAAAAUUACAAAAUUGAAUUUUACAUUUUUUGUGUGUGUUUUUUUUUUUUAAUCCGACAUUGCAAGUCAUGUUGCCAGCUUGUAUGUUAAAAGUUGAAAUAGAAAGCAACUGGCGGGCCGGAUUCAGACGCUUGGUGGGCCGCAUGUGGCCCCCGGGCCGUAGUUUGCCCACCCCUGCUCUAUGCUAUGAGUAUGUAAGCGACGACCAAGCAGUUAGGAUCCAUCAAGCAGGUAAAGAAUAUCACAGUAAGAAUGCCACAGCAAGUUGUGCACAACUAUGCUGAUUAACUAAAGAUGCAUUGGAAAAGGAUUCCUAUUGAACAAAUCCAAAUAUAUAGUAAUCAAAAUAAUGGCUAGUAAUGGCUUAAUUUGCUGCAUUUAUCACCCCACAAGAGGCUGUUCAUGUCAAUAUUUUAAUUUGUUAUUUACAAUAUGACACAAUGUGGUGUGCUUUUGGUAUUUUUGAGCAAAUCCCUUGCAUUCAAAGGAGUAAAUUCAAGUCGCUGUUAAAAACAACACUGAUAUAAGUCAAUCUGAAACUAUUUUUACUUACAUCAAAAUUGUUGAGGGCAUAGGCGAGCUCUCCUCCACCUGCAGGUUGAUUGAGUGCAGAGUCUUCGGUGGUUGUGGCCUGAGCAGCAUUGGAGAUGCCCGAAACGGCAUGCUGCAGUUGCUUGUAGAUCAGGUCACGGUUGGCCUUGUAGGCAGCCACAUCAGGGUGCUGCAGGCAGGCGCGGGAUGCCGUGUACAGCAUGGGGAUGUUCUUCUGUAGAACACCGCGAGCUGCAGCCAUUUGGUCCUUGUGGUGGGAAUCCUUCAGCUCCUUGGUGGGUGCAUUAAAAAAAAAAAAAAAAAAAGACUGGGUGAAAAGAUUUGUUGCGUCCGGAGGCUACAUUGGUGGGUACUUUAUACUAAAUUCAAAACAGGGCCUGUCAUGCCCUUACGUUAAGUGUGACAUAGUUUGUUCUGGAUGACCUAGAUAUAUUUCUGUCCCCGGCAGUAACAAUGCAUUCAUAAUCAGGCUGUUAAAAUACGCCUUUGCAAUGUAAUGUGUUGCUACUGAGACUUCAUAGCCUUAUGGACAAGUGAUAGCAAUCACUGGCAAUGCUUCAUGGAUUGUCUUCCUAAUGGAGCAAUUUUUCUACUGCAUAAAUAUUUACAUGCUAUAUAUUUACAUAGACAAAUAUGUGUAAAUUUACAUUUGAAAUUCACAAUUUGACGUUAUUGUUUGCAUGACAUAUGAUAGCGAUGAUCAUGCAACAGCUAGUGACAGAAGAUACUGAUGAUUUGCACAGGUUUUAAUAACAUACCUGCUGUCUCUUGGCUGCCAUGAUGUUCAGCUUGUCUACUUCGGGUUUCAAGGCCUUAUACUGGAUGCCCAGGUCCUGCUCUGUUCCGGCAUUGCGCACUUUCACAAGACUCUCCUCCACCUGAAGCAGGUUCAUACACAAAGUUACGUAAUGCUUUUCAAACACUGCAUUCACUCUAUUAAAAACACUAUGACUUCAUGAUUUAUUAUUAUUAUUUACUUGGUAGUAGUAUUCAUGUGUAAAUAUUGCCAAAAUUAUAUAAAUUAUUUUCCAUGUAAAAUAACCAUGUGUAAUAGCAGGACUCAAUCAAUUGAGAGAGUAAAUAUUGAUUACGUUGAUUAGACGGGGGGGGGCGUCUCUUACCAGUUUCAGCUGCAGUAGAAGUUUGUAGACAUCGGACAUAUCUGCCAGCACCAGCAGAUGUGUGACAGCCGAUAAGAGGGCUCUGGCGGCACGAACCAUAUUACCCCUCUUCACAGAAGAGCAAGGGUCUUCAGCAAAUUCUCCAGAAGCCUGCCUCAUUGACUCACCUGCGAACGUAAAAAAAAAAAAAAAGAGAUUUCAGUGGUCUUGCCAAUAGUGGUGCCAUCACAAAAGCAAAUGUACAACAUUUAUAUGGUAUCAUUAAACCUCUUCUCCAUUAGUCUGUUUAAUGAAAGACCCCUACUGGAAGGCCAUAGAUUUUGCCAUUAAAAUGUAUACAAAGAAACAUCUAGUGUUCUUUUUAUGUACAGUAUCUUAUAUACUGUGCAUUUCCAAGUACACUAAACAGGUCAAAGCCUCAACAAAAGGCCUACAAUCUUGUUUGUCCAUCACCAUGAUUUGUCCUACAUUGGCCUAUACGGUUGACUGGGCUUAUAUUGACUUUGUCGGCUUACAUUAUAAACAUCAGUACAUCUGUCAUAGGUUACAUUCAUGAACUAAUAACUAUAUUUCAUAGUUAAUACUGCUGGAAAAGUGUGCGCUUGCGUGUAUGUAUAUAAUAUAUACUGUAAAUAGCGAACUGUGAUUAUGCUCCUGUGACAUGUUAAAAGAAUCGGUCAAACAAUGCAACUAAUUUUACGCAUGGACAUAAUUAUGAAAUAGGAUUAGGCACAAACAGUACAGAAAACAAUAAGGAAAUCAACUCAAUAUGAGGCUUAUUAGUGAGCUAAAUUGACAUAUUGGCUCAUAUAGCAUAAGCCUAUGCAGCAAACAAAUUGCACACUGCCACAUUACCUCUAUGUGUUCAUGCACAGUGUUAAUACUAGUGAACAAGGAGGAGGUGAAAGGGAGACUAGAAAAUACACAUGAGGUGGUGAUGGGCAUUAGAUUGCUCUCACUGUAGUCAUGCUAUUUUUUUUUUAUCUUUUAUUCAUGUACACCCGACAACAUUUGGCAUACCCCCACUUUGGGAAACCUAUGAAAUGAUCCUUCAAAGUAAGAAACACCACCUUUGGGCUGACUACAUAUAAAUAACUGCAGGCUAAUACAAAUUCUGCUUAGUUAAAAAAAAAAAAAGCACAUCACAAGAUUAAUUUUCGCAAAAAAAAAAAAAAAAAAGAAAUGGCAAUUGGCUACUGAGUGAGUCAAGCUGCUAUUAAUAGUGAGGACCAUUCUACUCCCACAGAGUUAAAACAGUUUCUGCAUACAAGCAACACACAGCUCGAACACAGGCCGCACCUUCAGGCUAUCAUCACCUCCUGUGAACCAAAUCAAUAAGGCCAUUUUCAAAAGGAGUAGAUGGCUAUCAGUUCUCCUUUAAUAAACUUCUGCCUCUAUAAUGCUCAGCUGCGGGGGCCACCUAGUACAUGAUGAAAUGAUUAAAAUGUACAUCACAGUAGGCCUGCAUAACAGAAGACAGACAGGAAGAGAAGGGCAAAACCAACAAGGACAGGAGUAGAAAAAAAAAAAAGCGCAGAGGAAAAUGGUGUCAGGAAAGUGCUACCGAUCGUAAUUAACCUUUAAUCAAAUUUGAUCAUAAAUAUUCAGAUAACUAGUGGGGGAAAAAGCCCUUCUAACAUGUGCAUAGGCAUUUGUGAUACUGUCAUAAAUGUUUUCUUACAUUUUAACAGCUGGCAGGUCACAGCUGGGUGGAAAAGGUUACAUGAAUCCAGGGGAUGGAGAGGGUCAUAUUAUCAGUCCAGGCAUGCUCCGCUGAGCAGCAUAGCAUAGCAUAGCUGACAGCCAGCACGAGGCACCAGCCCUGUGACAGCUUACUGCCACCGCAGUAACAACACUGGGAACUGAGCGUCGCACGGGCUAUCUAACCACAUGUCAAACUAUUGAGAGGAGAACUCGAACAGGGGGCAUCUAACUUGCCGGGCAUCUUGCCGAAGAAGAGAGACACACCAGCGCAGCUGCUACCUCACAAUGGUGACAGCGGCUGUCCUCGAGCCAUAGACAACAGCCAGCAGAUAACCAAAGUAAAAAAAGGAAAUAAAUUGGAAAUGUCGAGUGAAGAAUGGAACUUGCCGUCACAAUACUGCUUAAAUAGUUGGAUUGGGAUGUGGAAUUCCCGUCUCCUGACUCAGACACUGACUGGUUCUACCUACUGAGCAGACCCCCGCCCCACUCAAAUAAGUCGAACAAAAUCACUUCACUUCCUAUUCUCAGCUCAGCGGGAACAAUCAAGAGGGAAGACUCCGCAUAGUUCAAUCGCCAUGUAUCAGCAUUCAAAUGUAAGCAAGGAAACCAAUUCACUGUAGUGGAGAAGAGAGAAGAUUUUAUUUCGACUUUGUGACCAUAUUAGGAUUACCAUAUUAUUCGUGUUAUGAAUGACAUAGCAGAGCUUCUGCAAUUUCUAAAAAUAAUGCAGUCAAUUCCAAUUAUGCCUUCUCCUGAAGUAGUGUGAUAAGAAAGUCUACUCUGCAGUACAAAACCACAAACCUCAAGUGUCCAGACGAUCGCUCCACAUCGAAACAGUAAGUAAAAAGCUGUAGUGGUAAAAAUAUUGUCUGUUUUACCAUUUGACUUUGCAAGCACCUUUUUUCCCCCCCCUCGGUGCCGUUCUGUGAAACGUCUAGAUGCUGAACCAAUGCAGAGUGAACACUCUUGUUACCUGUUUGGAGGCUAGAGACGAGACAGAUGUGUGCGCACGUGGUAAUAUAUGGAGGCCAGCAAAUGUUCAUUUUCAUUGAGCAUGACUUUUUCUCGACUCACUUUAUACUUUUCCAGGCAUAAUAAUGUUUGUUAAAAAACAUGUCAAUUGUGAGAAAUGUGACUAAAUAACAAUAAUCGAACAAUCGCAGUGUUUUACCUUACGAUGGAUUAUCGAGAGGCUCGCACUGGUAUCGAUUUCUUUUAUUAUUAAAAUAUAUGCGCUAUAAAUAUCUUUCACCGUUCCUCCUCAGUAAGUCAAGUCACCAUUUUACCAUCCAAUAGGUGCUCCUCGCUAGAGUGGCAGGAAGUUGGGCAUUGUUUCUGCACUAUGGCUGUUUGUACUCUGCAAUACAAACUAUGGCAUUUAUUUUUUAGUUUGUUUUGGUUUCACCACAUCACUAUAUGGAGGUACAGUAAACCUCGGAUAUAUCGGACUCGGAUAUAUCGGAAAUUCGCUCACAACGGACAGAUAAAAAAGAACCGAUUUUUCUGUAAUGCAUUUCCAAUAAAAAUUCAUUGCAUAUAUCGGAUUUUUUAGAACGGAUUUCGCCUAUUUCGGACAAAAUCUCCAGUCCCGUUCCAAUGCAUUUCCAUUAAAUUUCCCUCGCAUAUAUCGGAUGGCCGCAUCGUGGCGCUCCGAUUCGCCGAAUCGUGACAGGCCGCUAUACGACGUCAUUUGCAGCGUUGCCUGCGCGUCCAGGUACAUUGGAAACAUAGUCAAGGAAGUGCCUUUUAUAACGGAUAAAAUCCGAUUUACGCAUAUACCGGAUAUAAAUCCGAUAUAUGCGUAAAACGGACAUUUUCCGGUAUACGCAUAUAACGGAUUUCGCUUAUAUCGGACAAAACCAGUGGGAACAAUUGAAUCCAAUAUAUCUGAGGUUUACUGUAUUAUGUUUAUCAUCAGCCAUGUGUUGCAAAUCAUAUCAUGGCUUGGAGUCGUUUAGGUAAAAUGGACCGCAUUACAUGGAUGACACGCUGUUGAUUUAGGCUUAACUAACUAACUAGGCUUAACUUUGUGGUCAGCUAUGAGAGGUUCAGCGAUAUCCCUGCAGACCUUUUCCAGGCAGCAUGAUUUUGCUCAAUAUGGAACCGACAUUCAAACAAGAGUACAGAACAUUGGGAGAUUCUCCCAUGACAUAAAUACUUCUGUGGCAAAUGGAUUUCAACACACUCACACACUUUCGUCUUUUUCCCUGUUGGGGGUCGCCAUAGCGACCCACUGGUGUGAAUGGUUUUAGUUUUGUUUUUGUUUUUUUUAUAUACCAGAUGCCGUUCCUGCCCGGGAAUCGAAGCCAUGCCCCCCCAUGAAAGGGAUCAUGUCUGCACACAUCUACAAAAUCAAUAUUCACCACAUCCUUUGUGAAUGUCUCAAUGAAGGCCGAUGUAACACCGGAGCAGGGUGCAACAUGGCAAUGACGGUGUUAUCUGAUGAUUGCAAUCAGGUACUCUGAAAUGAAAAUCACAACUGCACCACGUCUGUACUAUUUGGUCCACGGUUUGCAGUGUUGCUAAGGUCUCUUGCAUUUUAAAGAUAAUACUGCAGAUACGGCCGUAUGAACGGCAGUGACACCGGUGUCUAUGAGGAAUGGUGUUGUUCUGCAAAAGCAGUUUAUGAUUUAUUUAACACACACUUAUCUUGUGGAGCAUGUAGAGACAAGAGACCAGACUUUGUCGUAUCAAGUGUUUCCAAUAUACCUUGCUUGCGGACAUCUUCCACUGCAGCAGUCAGCUCAUCCUUGAGGAACUGGCUCUCCUUUGCAAUCUUUUCUCCUUUUUCCAAAAAGUUCUGAGUCGCAGUCUCUACUGAUGCUGCCAGGACAUGGGCUUUCUUGGAACGUCCCUUCUUCUUGUUAGACGGACCUUUGUUACUUGAGUUUACCAGAGUGGUGACCUAUGGCAGGUAUAAAAACGGGGAAUAAAUCAUUAUGUUUAACCUGCAAAGGCAUCAUGUUACAAUUCAAGUCCUUCACCUUUUUGUGACCUUCUACGUAAGUCUUUAGUCAUAAAAUGGUAUUUUUGUUUCAUGUAAUGCAAUGGUUUGAUUUGAAAAACUGACAACCUGAUAAUGCAGUAGUCAUCCCUCGCCACGUUCACUCUAAUAGCUUUCAAACAUAUUCAUUAAGAAAAUGUUUGAUUAAAUUUGAUUAAAUUAUUAGUCAUUAAAUAUGCAUAUUGAAACAAAUGCAGGGCUGCACAGUUAAUUCUUUUUUUUCCUAACACAAUAUAGUGAAGGAGUGAUAUUGAUACUGUACUUCGAUUUAUGUUGCUACUGUAAUUCCAAUCGGGAAAAUGAGUGUCCCAAAAACUUCUAAGGUUCAAACUGAACAGCAUUAGAUACUAACUCACUAACUUUUCUAUUUUUAACCAUUUGGUCUUUCCCUACAAUGUUAAACAACAAGCGAGACAUGAUAAAAAUAAAUAUUACCUGUGUGACCAAGGGCUCCAGCAGCCUCUCCACUGCCAGAGUCCUGAUCUCCAGACUCUUCGGAUCCCAUUUGAAGUUAAUGUUAGCCGUGUUGAUGCUCGUCAUGUCUGAAAUUCUAGGAAUGGAAACAAAAAAAAGUGACGGCACUUAAUGCUAGAAUACAACACAGGUCAUUAGUUAUUUCUUUCAAAUGAUGUAAACAGCGUUGUACAUCAAAAGAAGAUCUCAACCUGGAGAAAAAUUUCAAAAGUCCCUGAAGUGAAUAACCGCAUAACACAAAAUAGUAACAAGAAGAGUUUAUAUGCCUGCCUCACAAAAUGUCCUCUCAUUUCAGUGACAAGAAACUGCAUUGAUUUGGUAGCAGACAUAAACUGGCAACGGUCAGUAACCCCUUGAGGCUACUAGAUACUACAUAAAAUGGUCACCUAUAGGAUGAAAACAAUGUAAUUGCUAGUAGCCUUCCAGAACAUUUGUAUAAUAUCUGUUCCUAUUACUUAUUGGCAGGGUGUGAUUUAAUUAUGCAUGGCGAGAAUAAUCCAUUAAAUUCAUAAUAAUCCAUUAAUGUGCCAUUCUGUUUAGGCACAUUUAUACUAACGAAUGUGACACACUUUUACGUUAUGGUUAAUUAGUUAUGGGCGGAUAAGGCCACCAGAUGAGCUCUACUUCCUGUACCGCUGUUAGUCUAUGGUGAUGCAGAAAGCCUCGAAUUUACUGAGGUUUGCAUUCCUGACAGUCCACGUAAUUGCAGCGCUACAUUGGACAGAAUAUGUAGGCCAUUUGCGGUCAAAACCUGCAGUGGUCGGGUCAAUCGGUACUGAUGCACAACGUAUCUUAACUGGGUUGACGUGAAAGUGAAAUAACCCUUCAUAGAGCACAACCAAUAAUAGCAUUAGGCCUGAACGCCACCAUAAUGUUUCUAUUCAAUGCGUUCUCAUCCCAACCGGAAGCGACACACGCUGUAAAAAGUGCAUACAUUUGUUUUGCGAGCAACAGGGCGGCUCAAACUAUUAGCAAAAGUGCUAGCCAUACGAAAAAAGCUAAAGUUACACCUGUGUGACUGCUAACGUAAAACUAUUCGGACGUAAUUUGGAUUAUCAUGAUUACAGAUAAUUAUAUUAAUAAGCGACACGAGCAUAAAAGCAAGACAUUCUAUCGUAUAAUUCCUGCCUACUUAGCUUACCUGCUAACCUACUUCGUGCCAAAGACGACACCUUUCGUAAGCUAAUGCUAAUAAGUGGACAAACCACUAAAGCCUUCCGCACUAAAUACCAAACUGACGACAAACAUGUUACAACACGCUCUCGAACAGUAGCGCGUCAGUUUGUACUUUGUCAUCAAAAAGGUGAACAGAAACGGUUCUAACUUACCGAUAACAAUUCGUUCCGAAAGUUUCAAGAUGGAGGAAUGAGAAUUGUUCGCCUCUAAAAGUUGUCCUCCCCUUUCCUUGCCUUCGCGGAAAUUAGACUUUUUUUUACCCUCGGUUCCUAACUUCACAAAAUAUCUCACUUGAAAGACAUACAAGAAAGUACAAGUUCAAAGACCGUCUCUAGAGACCGUUACCUUGGAAGUUUCGUUCAAGAUUAUUUCGGUGUCGAUGGUUGUUUCCCAACAAUAGCCGAAGCGGAGGAGGGGAAUAGGGCGGUGACCGACUUCCUGAACUUCCAGGCUUAGAGCGGACCACAGAACUCACAGCCGGGCCGCAAAUGAAGGCUUGUUUCGGGCGUGGCAGUAGCGGUGCUUGCCCAUAUAUGGAUUCAUUAUUGCGUCAACCUGCCAGAUACUUUGUUUAUGUUUAAACCUCGAAACUAACUUCAAAAUACUCCGAUAAUAGAUUUUAAACU